AUGGGGUCUGUCAAGACACUGAACCCAAAUGCGGAGGUGAUGGGCCGCAACGCGGCCCUGUUCAUGAACAUCAACGCCGCCAAGGGGCUGUACGAGGUGAUGAAGACCAACUUCGGCCCCAAGGGGACGAUCAAGAUGCUCGUCGGCGGUGCUGGAGACAUCAAGCUCACCAAGGACGGCAACGUGCUGCUGCGGGAGAUGCAGAUCCAGAACCCCACGGCCGUCAUGAUCGCGCGCACGGCCGUCGCACAGGAUGACGUCACCGGGUGA